CUGGGGGGGCAGUGCCGUGAGCCGGGCAUGGGGAGAGCUGCGGGGCACGAAGAGGGAGGGCUCUGCCCCGCCUCUCUCCUGGCACCGCGCCUGCAGCCCCGUGCGCUGCGCUGCGAUCCGCGGCGUUAGGGUAACGGAGCUGUUUUCAGUCCCGAGGAUGGUGCGAGGGAUGGAGCAUCUCUGCUGUGAGGACAGGCUGGGAGAGUUGGGGGUGUUCAGCCUGGAGAGGAGAGGGCAGCACGGCGAGGGAGGGCACUCUGCCUCUCCUCUCUCCUGAGGGCCCACCCGGAGCCCCGGGUCCAGCCCUGGGAUCCGCGGUAUAAGUAGGAUAUGGAACUGUUUUGAGUCCAGAGGAUGAUGCGAGGGUUGGAGCAUCUCUGCUGUGAGGACAGGCGGAGAGAUUGUUCAGCCUGGAGAGGAGAAGGCUCUGGGGAAACCUUAGAGCAGCUUCCAGUACAGAAAGGGGCUGCAGGAGAGCUGGGGAGGGGCUUUUUACAAAGGCGUGGAAUGACAGACGAGGAGGGAUGGCUUUAAAUCGGAUGGGGGAAGAUUUAGAUUACACACUAGGAAGAAAUUCUUCACAAUAGAAGGGUGAGGAGGCCCUGGCCCAGGGUACCCAGAGAAGUUGUGGCUGCCCCAUCCCUGGAGGGGUUCAAGGCCAGGUUGGAUGGGGCUUUGAUCACCCUGAUCCAGUGGAAGAGCAGCCCGAUGCCAUGAGAAAGGAAGACUUUUUUUCUGAGUUACUGCAAGCACAAGGAGAAUGGUGAUUGCUUGUUCUCCUGCCUUACUUGACACUUAGUGUAAAUAUACAUACAUGCAAGAUAAUCCAUAUUUCUGCCUAGUGACCUGGAAUGAAAUGGUGUUUAAGCAGAAACAACUGUUUUUGAAGUACCAGGGUAGUGUUUUGGCCUUUUGCUCUUGAGUCUCAGCUCAAUUUCAGGUGUGAUGCUUUCAAAAUUGGUGUUUCUUGUGGCAAUAAAAAUGCUGAUGCCUUUUACAAAGAUGAUGUGAGUGCAUGGGGCUGCACAUGUGCUGAGCAGCUCAGGUUUGAAGCUAGGGAUUCAUUGAUGCUUCACUGAAGCCACAAUGUAGAUGAGUGGCUUAAGCUUCUUGGUCCCAUUACUAUUUUCUGGUGCACAAAAUCUUUGUCUUCUGGAGUUGCUUCAUGAAGAGGAGGGAAAGAAGGAAAAAUCAACCAUUCACUAACAGAAUGUCAUAUAAUCCUUUCCUCCCUUUUCUGGGAAGUGCUUGAACUUGACUCCUACACUGCAUAUUCAAAAUACUGACAUUGUUUUAAUUUAGUCCUGAGCUGGUACUAACAAUAGUACAAAUGUUGCUCUGUAGGCACAGAUGGAGUUUCCGUAUGUUCAGAGGAACAUAAAAAGCGUUAACAUACGAGAUAUCCUGCACCCCACCCCUUCAGUGCAGACUGCGCUCAGAAAGAAAAUAUCUGAUAAGUAUUCAAGGCAGAUAUAAUAGUGCAUUGUGUAUAAGCAUGGAUAUUAUAAAGCGUUCUUGCAUUGCAACCUGAAAGAUAAGCAUACCUAAUGUGCUGGAAAGCUUCUUCUAGAUUGUGCCAUACUCUGUAACCUCCUGGAAAUGGCCCAGCUUCUUGAGCACCUUCUGUAGGGCCUGGAGACCUUGCCACAACAAUUCAAUGCUUCUGCAAUCAGGACUUUAUGAGUAUAAAAUCUUUGGUGGUCUUGCUGACUGUCCCCCCAAACUGUGUGUGGAUGUCUAUAUGGAUUUAGAUUUCAGAAAACAAUGGGAUCAAUACGUUAAAGAACUAUAUGAGGAAACAUACGAUGGUGAAAAAGUAGUCUACUGGGAAGUGAAGUACCCUUUUCCUCUCUCGAACAGAGAUUAUGUCUAUAUUCGUGAAUGUCGAGAGAUGGAUGUUGAUGGGCGGAAGAUGUGGGUUGUGUUAGCUCAAAGUGUGUCUGUUCCACAGUGCCCUGAAAAGCCUGGUAUUAUCAGAGUUAAAAGCUAUAAACAAAGUCUGGCAAUUGAAAGUGAUGGCAAGACUGGAUCUAAAGUCUAUAUGUACUAUUUUGAUAACCCUGGUGGCAUGAUUCCGUCAUGGCUGGUCAAUUGGGCUGCCAAGAGUGGUGUGCCUGCUUUCUUGAAGGAUGUGCAGAAAGCUUGCCGUAGUUAUUCUAAGAGCACAUAGGUUGAAGUUGGUCUUAAUUGUUUAAUUCUUAGAGCUCUGCACUUAGAGGAGUGGCUAUUAGGUAUUACACUGGAUAAAAUCUACCUCUAAUAUCGGGAAGAAUUUUAUUUUAGUUGGUUUAUGCCUUGAAUUUUAUUGGAUCUUUGUUUGCAUCUCAAACUGAAGAGCUAGCCACGGACAAGGUAACACCAACAUCAGCUGAAUCCUUUUGAAAGUGCUUAAGUGUGGCCUUGUCCCCUGUGCUUUGCUUCUGCUGGUCCUCAUGUGUCAGCAAGAAGAGCUCUGUUGAGUGAAAUAAUGCAUCCUCGGACAAGAGACAAUGGUCUUGCCAGGAAAAAAUGUCUGAACUUGAACUGAAAAUUCUCUGCAUGUGUUAUGCCUGGAUCUGCCUUUGUGGCCUUGCAGAGCGAAGCCUGCUGGAAUUGGCUAAUGGAACUUGAAUUAAAUGCUUUUGCUACCCAAGUUUGUCAUUGUUAAACUGUCUGCCUGCUUGUAAACCUGAAAGGUGCUGAGGGCAUUUAGGUAAACUACUAGAAGUCUGCAGUAGGAACUGGAACUCUGUGUUACGAAGCUUCCAUGGGAUGGCUUUAAGUCCAGAUAUAAAGGGACUUGUGCCUGAAGCCUUGCAUUCACAUCUCAAUAACUGUGUAUGAAAAGCAAAAACUGUGAGCUUUGCCCAGCUAGAAAAAAAGGAGUUGGUUCCCAUGUCUGAUUUAAGGGGACUUUAAGGGGCACAAGUUAUAUCUUCAGAGUCAGUAGAAUUCUCUAUAAAGCAGCUUGGAUAGCAACUUGAAAUUGGAAUUCAUUUUAAACUGGAUGCCUGCAAGUGAAUGUGAAUAAACUUCACGUGCAACUUGGGGUUGCUUGCAUUUUUAAACUCCAUGUAAAGCAUUAAAUUAAUUUUGGAAUGGAAUCCACUAACUGCACAACUGAGCAGGAAAUUAAAUUUACAGCGCCUUUGUGGGUGGUGGGGUGGAGGAUGGAAUGCGUAAAAAGUGAGAGGGCCUCAAUCUCAGGGCUUUAAAAUACUCUGCAUUGUUACUAGAUAUAAUCCUGUUACUGAACAAACCUUGUGAUGGGGCAACUUUCUCUUGUUAAAAAAGAAAUGGUUGAAGUGGUUGCCUUUAUAUUCCGUGUAAAUAUUUGUUUCCCAUAGAUCGUGAUUCUGUCUGUGCAGUGCUCUUGUUCCAUCUCUCAUGUUUAAGAGUAGCCGUACUGGGCGGGUCACACAUGACGGACUGAUGUCACGGGCUGUUUUAUUUUUAAAGGCUUUUGAAAGA